AUGAGCAUUGCAUCACAAAGUAAUUCUCAUUUUCUCUCCAUCAGAUACAAAAGCCAGCGAAUACUCAAGUUUUGGCUCGUCGGUUGCAGCCUUCUUCAACCAGCUUUCGCACAAGGAUACAUUCAAAGAGCUUCAGAGGUCAUCCAAAUAAGAAAAGGCGCUGGCAAACGGAUGGAAAGCAAGAGCGACAGUGAGAGUAGAAGUGAAAAAAAUGCGGGUUUUCCGUCUUUUGGGCGUAAAGACGGAGGUGAACAAAGUGAGAUGAAGCCAUUAAGUCACGAGAGCAAUGAGAACGGCGGAAUUGGAGGUGACGAAAAAGAUACCGGAAAAGGGCUUGCAAGAACCCUUACUCUAACUAAUGGUGUCAACAUAAUUGUUGGAAUCAUCAUAGGAGCGGGCAUUUUUGUGGGUCCUACAGGAAUCCAAGAAGCUGCUGGGUCUGUUGGAGCCUCACUUAUCAUGUGGAUUGUUUGUGGUGUUUGGUGCGGCCUUGGUGCAUACUUGUACGCUGAGUUAGGGACCUUGAUUACCAAAUCCGGAGGAGAUUACGCUUAUAUCAUGGAGGCAUUUGGCCCGUUUAUUGCUUUCCUACGUCUGUGGAUUGAAGCCAUUGUCGUGAGGUGA